CGGUUUCCGGUUAGCUCCCGCCCCGCUCCGCCAUCAUUAAGUUCUGAACAAAAACGGACAGACGGGGGAAUAGAAAAACCAAGUCAGAGAUGAAAUUCAUAAAUAACAGUCAUGUUAUCAUAAAAAAUGGUGGACAGUGGAGAAGUCGAGUGGAAAUACCGGGGUCAGCAUUUAAGUGAUUAAUUGUUUCUCAUUGAUUCGUUAUCUGAUGAUUGCCACUGAGAAGACUAGCUCGUAGCUAACUUAGCUUAGCUUUCUAGCAUUCUGAUUGACUGGCAUUGCUUAUGCCAGCGUCGCAUGCUAGUUAGCUCAUUCUUUUGGUUAGAGAAUCAAAAUGGAAUGGACUAACGUUAGCUAGCUAUUAAUGAAAACAAUGUGGCUCGCUCGUGUUCACUAGAGCAGAAGAGGUAGACCCCUAUUUUCCAGGCCAGCUUGCUAGCGCUCCAGCUAGCUAAAAAGUGGAUCCUAAAAAGCCACGAUUUGUCUUUGGUGGAGUGCAGUCAGGCACCCAAAUUAGCAACUGGGAUGCCAUUGCCGACGCCAACAUGAACAUUUUCCAUUGAAACCAAUUGAAGGCUAACGAUUUUUGGUGUUGGGCAACAGAGCUAGGGAGGGGCCUCCUCGUCCUUCAGAAUGGAUGCCCACCAGCUGAAGCUACAGUGGUAAAGUUAUGCAUGGUACACUGGAAAAUGCGCUGGCCAUGCCGUCAAGUGUGCGGGCCGGAAGCCUGAAGGACCCGGAGGUUGCUGAGCUCUUCUACAGAGAUGAUCCCGAGAAGCUCUUCACCGACCUGCGGGAGAUUGGGCAUGGCAGCUUCGGAGCCGUCUACUUCGCACAUGACAUCCGCACCAAUGAAGUGGUGGCUAUCAAGAAGAUGUCAUAUGGUGGCAAGCAGUCCAAUGAGAAAUGGCAGGAUAUCAUCAAAGAAGUUAAGUUUCUCCAGAAACUUCGCCAUCCCAACACUGUGGAGUACAGAGGCUGCUACCUGAGAGAGCACACUGCAUGGCUGGUAAUGGAGUAUUGUUUGGGUUCAGCCUCUGACCUACUGGAAGUCCACAAGAAGCCCCUCCAGGAGCAGGAGAUAGCAGCCAUCAUCCACGGUGCAUUGCAGGGUCUGGUGUACCUUCAUUCUCACAACAUGAUUCACAGGGAUGUGAAGGCUGGUAACAUCUUGCUAACAGAACCAGGCCAGGUGAAACUGGGUGACUUUGGGUCUGCCUCCAUCGUAGCCCCAGCCAACUCGUUUGUGGGCACGCCCUACUGGAUGGCUCCUGAGGUGAUCCUGGCCAUGGACGAGGGUCAAUACGAUGGCAAGGUGGACGUGUGGUCACUGGGCAUCACCGCCAUAGAGCUGGCGGAGAGGAAGCCGCCUCUGUUCAACAUGAAUGCUAUGAGUGCCUUAUACCACAUCGCUCAGAACGAGAGUCCUGUUCUGCAGUCCAAUCACUGGUCAGAUUAUUUCCAUAACUUUGUGGACUCCUGUCUGCAGAAGAUCCACCAGGACAGACCUACCUCUGAUGUGCUACUAAAGCACCUUUUCCUAUGCAGAGAGCGGUCCCACACGGUGGUGAUGGACCUGAUUGCGCGCACCAAGGAUGCAGUGCGGGAGCUGGACAACCUACAAUACCGGAAAAUGAAGAAGAUCCUCUUCCAUGAGGCCCUCAAUGGGCCACAGACUGAGGGGGGGGAGGAAGAGGAGGACGGGGAACAGUACUUGCUGCAGACCGGUACAGUCAACAGCAUGGAGAGCUCUCAUUCACUGCCCUCCAUGUCCAUCAGCGCCAGCUCCCAGAGCAGUUCGGUCAACAGCCUGGCGGACGGAUCGGACGACAGUGGCGAGAUGGCCAUGAUGACCGAGGGCGAGCACACGGUUACCUCUAACAGCUCUGUCCUGCACAAGCCCCUGAGCCAUGACAACAUCUACGAUGACCCCUACCAGCCAGAGCUGGACGCCCAGCAGCCACCAUCAACACGGGGUGAUGGAAGAGAAGGAGGCGGGGGCAGACGGAGGGGGCAUCGCAGCCGAGACCACUUUGCCACCAUCCGGACAGCAUCGCUGGUGACCCGGCAGAUCCAGGAGCACGAGCAGGGCUCAGCGCUGAGGGAGCAGAUGUCCGGGUACAAGAGGAUGAGACGGCAGCAUCAGAAGCAGCUGAUGGGCCUGGAGAACAAGCUGAAGGCAGAGAUGGACGAGCACCAGCUGAGGCUGGACAAGGAGCUAGAGAACCAGAGGAACAGCUUUGGGGGCGAGGCUGACAAACUGAGCAAGAAGCAUCAGGCAAUCCUGGAGAAGGAGACAAAGGCAGCCUUGGCUGAGGAGAAGAAGUUUCAGCAGCACAUUCUGGCCCAGCAGAAGAAGGAACUGACCAGCCUCCUUGAGUCCCAGAAACGUCAGUACCGAGCACGCAAGGAGCAGCUCAAAGAGGAGCUGAACGAGAACCAGUCUACCCCCAAAAGGGAGAAGCAGGAGUGGCUGGUGCACCAGAAGGAGUGCCUCCAGCAGCUGCAGGCGGAGGAGGAGGCGGGGCUUCUGAGGAGACAACGGCAAUACUAUGAGUUGCAGUGUCGCCAGUAUAAGAGGAAGAUGCUGCUUGCACGCCACAACCUGGAGCAGGACCUACUCAGAGAGGAUCUAAACAAGAAGCAGACACUGAAGGACUUGGAGUGCGCCAUGCUACUGCGCCACCACGAGUCGACCCAGGAGAUGGAGUUCCGGCAGUUGGGUUCAGUGCAGCGCACGCGAGCCGACCUUAUCCGCACGCAACACCAGACAGAGCUCACCAACCAGAUGGAGUACAACAAGCGGCGCGAGCAGGAGCUCCGGCAGAAGCACGCGGUGGAAGUCCGCCAGCAGCCCAAGAGCCUCAAAUCCAAAGAACUCCAAAUCAAGCGUCAAUUCCAGGACACAUGCAAAAUCCAGACCCGCCAGUACAAGGCCCUGCGUAACCACCUGCUGGAGAACACACCCAAGUCGGAACAUAAGGCUGUACUCAAGCGCCUUAAGGAUGAGCAGACGCGUAAGCUGGCCAUCCUGGCCGAGCAGUAUGACCACUCCAUCAAUGACAUGCUGUCCACACAGGCUCUUCGACUGGAUGAAACGCAAGAGGCGGAGUACCAGGUGCUGCGCAUGCAGCUGCAGCAGGAGUUGGAGCUGCUCAACGCCUACCAGAGCAAGAUCAAGAUCCAUACAGACUCACAGCACGAGAGGGAGGCCAAGGACCUGGAGCAGAGAGUGUCCAUCCGCCGGGCCCUGCUGGAACAGAGGAUUGAGGAGGAGAUGCUGUCACUGCAAAAUGAACGUUCGGAGCGCAUCCGCACCCUCCUGGAGCGACAGGCCUGUGAGAUUGAGGCCUUCGACUCGGAGAGCCUUCGUCUGGGCUUCAGCAACAUGGCCGUGACAGGCAUCCCCAGCGAGGCCUACCCCAAGCAGGGCUACCCCAACGCCCCACUAGGGUCACGCUCUGGAGGGGGUCACUGGAGCCACGGCAUGCAUCCCCAGAAUGCCCAGCCCCAGCCACACUCGCGCCGCAGCCACAACAACAGCAGUAGUAGUGGUGGAGGUGGGGUCAGAGGGGACUCCUCCUCUUCUCACGGCAUGGCGUUGGGGUCAGGUCUGGGGCGGGACGGCAGAGAGGUGCAUCACUCGUCUCGUUCGUCUGCCUCCUCUUCUUCGUCCUCCUCAUCGUCCUCCUCCCAGCAUCAACAGCAACCACAACACCAUCACCGCCAUCACCUGCCACAGCAUUACCACCACCAGAGCACUCCCCAGCUCUACCGGGAGCGGGAAAAGGAGAGGGACAGGGAGUGGGCAGGGGUCAGGGGCAGUGGCGACCUCGCCCAUCCACAGCACCCCCACCCCUUCUCCCACCACCUGCCCUCACGGUCCUCCUCUCAGUCCCUGGCCCUGCUGCCGCCGCCACCCCCUGCACCUCCAACUGUCGCGGCACCCUCCUCCUCCACGCAGGGAGGCGUUUAUGGUGGGGGCGGGGGGCUGGCCGUCAGGGGAGGCCCUAGCCUCAUGGCCCUGAGGAACAGCCCCCAGCCCCUGAGGAGGACAGCCUCCGGAGGGGGACCCGGUGGGGCGGGUGGAGGCGACGGGGUGCUUAGCCGCAGCACCUCAGUCACCUCCCACAUCUCCAACGGCUCUCACCUCUCCUACUCCUAGUGAGUGUUGAGGGGGGAGGCGGUGGAGGGUGGAUACCCGAGAGUGAGGGAGGGAGGGAGGGAGUAGAGGGCUGGUUUUCACUUUGACUUGAGAGGGAAUUGAAAACAGGGACGAAGGAAUGUAGCUACUUGUCCUACCAUUGAAGUGAGCAAGGGAAAGGGGUCGCAGAGGGGUGGUGGCCCUUCGAUGUUUUUCUGAGGUAAGAGGGGGGGCCGUUUCAGGGGUUGCUCUUAAAGCCGAGAACGUUCUUGUGUUCUUCCUCUUCUAUGAUAUUCUAUGCCAGAAUGGAGAAAGAGAGAGAAUGUGGGAGGGGAGGGUAAAACAAAAAAUAGUGACAAAGAAAAAUGACACACACGUGUAUGUUUGUAUGUGGUGCGUGGGGUCCUGAUAUUCUAGCAAGCAGUUGUGUUGUGAGACUUCAGAGAGGAAAGACAUAAAAAGGCUGGUUUCAGUUUGCUUCCAGAAAGGUUGCUGUUGUCCAGAACACAUUGAAAUGGUUUAUAUAACUGUUGACAUUGUUUUUGUUUUUAUUUUGUAGUGUUGAAAAAACAAGUGGCUCGGGACAUCAUCAAUGCCUUUAAGAAGUCUUAAAGGGAUGCUACGAUAACCAUGAGAAAAUGUGGCUGAUGUAAAUUAAUCUGAAUUCACUGAAUGUUUAUAAAAGCAACAAACAGACUCAUUUUAAAUAGCAAAAUCUCCUGGAAUGGAGGGAUACUGUACAUUUGUGUGGACGUAAAAAGAAAAGAAAAAAAGAAAAAGGAAAUUACAAAAAUAGGCUUUGCUGUCAUCCAUGACAUACUUAGUAUUUUGAAAUGACAUAGGUGAUCCACUCCAAUGCAUGAGGUAAAUGUACAAAAAUAUUUGUGAACAUACAUGACCAAAACCACAUUUGAGAUACAGUAUAAACAAUAUUCCCUGUCCAAGUUUCACUGGCAUUUAUGAUCACUUGCUGUCCCACAUCUUUUGACCUUAAUUGUAAAUAUUUAUGGGGGUAUAAAAACAAAAAUGUCAUCAGUUUUAUAGAGUAAUAAUGUAAUUUUGAUAUAUUAAAAUGAGUAUUGAACCCAGGAUUUAGAGAAAGAAAGCAUUUUCUAUAGCUGUCAAUAUUACCAUUACUAAUCUAUAUAUAGUUGAUGUUGUAAUCAUGUACACAUUUUUUUCAAAUCUUGCAAGAAAAAGGCCACUGUUGACUAUGGGAAAGGUGUAAAAAAAGAGAAUAGAUGACCAUAAUUUCUUUUUUGAAUUGUCAGGUAUGGUGUGUGUAUUAAUGAUUAUUAAUAAUGUUUUAUUAAUAAUUGUUGAUCAUUCAUGUGUGUACGUGUUUUGGUUGAGCAGUAUACAGUGAAGUUGUAUUGCCACUUUUGUAGACAAACAUUGAAUUUUAAAGACACUUGUGACCCAUAUAAAAGGUCAGACCCCACUGAAAAGGAAUGUGACUUAUUCAACAUUGGUUCACAAGAAAAAUGCAUCUUGCAAUAUUGUUUAACUUCAUUAGUUGGAUUUAAAUGAAAACAUUGGGGGAAUUUUUGAGGAAUUACAUGAUUAUGAUUAUUUCUGCUACUGAGCCCACACAUAUUCUAGCAUGACGAACAAAACAGUUCAAAGCAAAAGAAUAGUGCACAAUCUUUGAUGAUGACCUCACAUUGCACACCAUCAUUGCAAGGUGUGAGCCACUUGUGAGUGCACUUGUUCCCAAGUUCUAAGGCCAAGGUGGCCAACACUCACCAUGGCUGUAUUUAUUAGUGCACACAGUAUCAAAACAUUUUGCAAUGGACAAAUUGUUGGACAAGUUUAAGACGUUCCCUCCCGGUUUCAGUCAAUUUUCUUCCGUUUGGCGCCUGGUGAAUAUGACCCUCAAAAGGCCAAUGAACAGACACCAGCCAGUACAUUUCUUUAACGAGACAAAAUAAAUAUUUCAUGUAUAUUCACAUAUGAGGCUUAAAGAAAAAUCCCUUUUAUCCCUUUUUUCAACAUAAUGGUAAAUGGUUUCUCACCAUGAAAGACGUCUAUGGGCUAAUGGCUGUAACCUAUAAUAUAAUUUUCUUUAAGCAGCCUAGUGGGUAUGAGUGUUGUCAUACUGUCAUCCUGUCAUACUGUCCCUAAGCAAAACAGUUAACCCAAAUUGCUCCCAGGUCAUUGCUGCAAACAAGAACGUGUUCUUCACAUACUAACCUGGUGAAAUAACAGCAUACAUAUGUAAAUACAAGAGGCGUUACAAACUUCAGCUAACUUGCCAAUAUUAGAGAAAGUAAUCAAGGGGUGUGAGUAUGUUGAAAAAAAUAUCCAUGUCACCAGAAAUCUAUUUCAUAUGGUUUGUUAUAAUUCUGUAAGUAUCUUAAAGAUGAUUUGGCCAUUAAAAAAUAAAAUGCUCACAAGCCCCAAUCACUUCCAUUGAUUGGUAGCAAGCUUAGGCUAAAGUUAGCUGAAGUAUUUAAUGUUUUUUAAACAAAACUCAAGCAUGGACAGUUUGUCAUGAGCCGUAGACUACUUUCAGGGUGAGGAACCAUCAAACAGCAUUUUGGAGAAAAAAAAAAUAUUGCGAGGGAUGUUCUGUAUUUUAAAAAAAUGCUAAGAAAACUGAACCAUGGAUUACAGUUUGCACUGGCCCAUAUACCACUCAGGGUGAGGAGUCAUCAAAAAUUUGCUUGUAAAAAUAUUUCAGUAUUUUAAAGUAACAAUUUGUUUACAUCAAGGAAUUCUGAAAUGCUGUACCUUUGAACUUAAAAAUAACCCUACUGUUUAUGAAACCUCAAAAACACCAGCUCUGACAUGUCCCUGUAGCCUACUACUAAUACUACUUUAUGCUUGGUUGAAAUCUCAGUGCAUGCAUACAGUUCCUUAUAUACAAAGACUGGUGGGUUUUGUUAUGUGAAUGGAUGGUAGGGUUUACAAUGGUGACAUGCUAAUUCAUUUAAAUUGGGGGGAUGCUAUGCUCUUCAUUUCUGGAGGCCUUGGAAAUGAGGGAAAUCAAGAAGAUUCCCGAAAUCCUUUGUCCCAAAAAUAGCUCGUUAGACGAUGAUAUAGACUGCUCUGUGUGAACUUGUACUGUAUGAGUGGUAAAGGGGACAUUUCCAGUAAAUAUGUAAAACAUUGUUGAAUAUUCCAAUCAAGCAAUUCCAAGUUUGAUUGGAAGAUCUUAGAGGGAUCUUUAAAAUAUGUUGAAAAAAGAGGGUAAAAACAAUGUAAUUUAAAAAAUAAUAAUAAAUUGAUAUCAACAUUAGUGU